AUGCGCGAACUAUACAUGAAACAAGGCCAAGGCUUCCUCCUCGUCUUCUCCAUCUGCAACAUGAACUCGUUCUACGAACUCGCCGAACUGCGCGAUCAGAUCGUCCGCAUCAAAGACGACGAGGACAUCCCUCUCGUCGUGGUGGGCAACAAGUCCGACAUGGAAGACGACCGCGUCGUGCCCCGUGCACGAGCCUUCCAACUCGCUCAGUCGUGGGGUCAAAAGCCGUACUACGAGACAAGCGCAAGGCGGAGGACGAACGUCGACGAGGUGUUUCUGAAUCUGUGCGCGCAGAUCAUCCAGAAGGAAGGAGCACGAAACCUCUUGGUCGAGCAGCAAGCCGCCGCGAGGAGGAGAGACCGGCCGAACCGGCAUGAUCGCAGAGGCCGACGGCAGCGGAACCGGGACAAGUGCGUGAUUUUGUGA